AUGCCCCACAAGCUCUACCAUGGCCGAACUGGGCGUGUCUGGAACAUCACCAAGCGCGCUAUUGGCGUGGAGGUUAACAAGCAGGUUAGGAACCGCUUCAUUAAGAAGAGGAUUCAUGUUCGUGUGGAGCAUGUCCAGCCUUCUAAAUGCACUGAGGAGUUCAAAAACAGAAAGAUAAGGAACGAUAAGCUUAAGGCCGAGGCCAAGUUGAAGGGUGAGGCCAUCAGCACCAAGAGGCAACCAGAGGGUCCCAAGCAAGGUUUCAUGGUGGAAGGGGCUCAGUUGGAAACUGUCACCCCUAUUCCUUAUGAUGUUGUCAACGAUCUCAAGGGUGGUUAUUAG